GUCUUCAAUCCAGGUCCUCUCGUCGAGAGGCUAAGGUUCAGCGUGCGGGUGGGUAAACUGCUCGGCGUAGUCCCCCAGCCCAUCACCACAAUCGAAAAUACUUAGGUAAAAAUAUUGCAGAAUAUUGUAAUAAUGCAUCCCCGGCUGAUUGACAACGGGGAGGUCCGCUCUUUCACAAACUGAACGCGGGGAAAGGGUUUUUCUCCCAGCACAAGCCAGUCAACAAACCAAGUCCAUCCGACGUUGAGCCUCUGCUUUAACGGCGUUUCUUGCAGUUCUUGAAAUUCUUUCGCAGCGUACAGCAUCGUAAGGUACAUUUUGGACCUACGUUGAUUUGAUAGGAGCAUCAUAACAAAAGCACACACUCAUACAUAAUGGGUGCAUUUUUGGACAAGCCAAAGAUGGAGAAACAGAAUGCCUGUGGUGAGGGGAACGACCUGCGCUAUGGGCUGAGCAGCAUGCAGGGCUGGCGGGUGGAGAUGGAGGACGCGCACACGGCCGUCAUCGGCCUGCCGCACGGCCUCAGUCCCUGGUCCUUCUUUGCCGUGUACGACGGGCACGCCGGCUCCCAGGUGGCCCGCUACUGCUGCGAGCACCUCCUGGAGCACAUCACCAGCAACCCCGACUUCCAGGGCGGCACCAAGACCCAGGAGCAGCCUGACGCCGCUGCAGCUGCCACUGCCGCAAGGGAGGUGGCCAAGGAGCCAGAGGUAGAUGAGCCCAGCGUCGACCAAGUGAAGCAGGGCAUCCGCACAGGCUUCCUGCAGAUUGAUGAGCACAUGCGCCAGAUCUCGGAGAACCGGAAAGGGGGCGGCGCGACCGACCGCAGUGGCUCCACGGCCGUGGGUGUGAUGGUGUCACCGCAGCACAUCUACUUCAUCAACUGCGGCGACUCACGCGGGCUCCUGAGCCGCGCCGGCACCGUACACUUCUUCACACAGGACCACAAGCCCAACAACCCGCUGGAGAAGGAGCGCAUCCAGAACGCCGGCGGCUCCGUCAUGAUCCAGCGCGUCAACGGCUCGCUGGCCGUCUCGCGCGCCCUUGGAGACUUCGACUACAAGUGCGUGCACGGCAAGGGCCCCACCGAGCAGCUGGUGUCACCCGAGCCCGAAGUCUGUGCCAUCGAGCGCUCCGAGCCCGACGACGAGUUCAUCGUGUUGGCGUGCGACGGCAUCUGGGAUGUCAUGGCCAACGACGAGCUAUGUGACUUUGUGCGCUCACGGCUGGAGGUCACUGACGAUCUGGAGAGGGUCUGCAAUGAAAUUGUCGACACCUGUCUUUACAAGGGGAGCAGGGACAAUAUGAGUGUGGUGCUGGUGUGCUUCAGCGGAGCGCCCAAGGUGUCCGCCGAGGCCGUGAGGAGGGAAUCAGAGCUGGAUAAGUACCUGGAGAGCCGAGUGGAGGAGAUCCUGAAGCAGAAUGGUGAGGAGGGCGUCCCGGACAUGGUGCAUGUGAUGCGCACAUUAGCGACAGAGAGCAUCCCCAACCUGCCACCAGGAGGAGAGCUCGCCAGCAAACGAAGCGUUAUUGAAGCAGUAUACAACAAACUCAACCCCUUCAGAAACGAGGACACACCCCCUCUGACCCCGAAGACUGACAAUCAGACGACGUUAAGCUAACCCCGGCUUCCCCUCGUUGUGUGUCUGUUAAAUUUGGCUUCAACAGCGCAUGCUUUUUUUUGGCCCAGCUAUAAGCAGUUGAAUAGUCCUCUCCCCCCUUUUUUCUUCAUUUUAACACAGUCUCUGUUGUUUUUUGCACAGCUGUCGCAAACAAAUUGAACAAAUUUAGCAAAUGUCCUCAAAACAGUGUUUAAAACAAUGUGGCAUUUGGUUCUUGCCCUUUGCACACAAUUUAAUGAUGUACUUUACGUAUAAAAAUUGUCUAUGUGAUGUGGCCCUGAUGUGCAUACCUUGCCAUAAAUAUAAAAAUGACAAAAAAAAUCCAUUGUCACACCAAUUUUAGGAUCAUAAAUAAUAUUAAUAAUAAUAAUUAAACAUACUGUGUGGAACUGAAUCCUUUAGUGUAAGUGUGUUUAUGGCCUACAUCUUCUCCCCAAUGUCAUUGUGUGCAAAGGGAACCAAAAAAAGAAAGAAAAAAAUGAUACGUUGGUAGACCCUCACACCACACACACCUAACAAAAGCAGUGUUUUUACCUCUGUUUUGAGUGGAUGUGAGCAAUCUUCUGUUCACAGUCAAGCUGCUCUAAAGAAAAGCCCUGAUCAUCUGUUGUGCACAUAAGCUAAGCUAUUUUUAUUAAAUGAUUAAUAUGUAUAUUUGUACUCAUUUAUAAAUAUGUACACAAAUGAAGUAAUCAAGGAAAAUCAGUCCUCCUCUUAACCCAUUCAGACCCUCGUAAACUGUUUUUCUGUCUGUCAUUUUAAUAUUUUCAGACUGGAAAUAAACCUAUUUUAUUUGA